GCUUCCUCCAACUGGAAAGAUAUCCUAACAAACUUUCUGUUCUUGGAGGGUUCAAGCUUGGUCACUCAGAGGCAGUGUGCUGAGCGCAGUGGACACCCUUGUGUGUCCUGGCACGUGCUUGAGAGUGUGUUCUGCGUGUAAGGGGACGCCGGGUCCCCAGAGCCCGCCUUGGCCAUUGCCUGCGGGAAGCCCACAGUCUAAGCGGACCCAAGCAAGCAGCUCUCCCUGACUCCUCUGCCGCCCAGAACCUUGGAGCUGGGAGGGCGGGUCAGGAGGGGUGUCCUUUAGCUGAGACUGGUUUACGUCCACAGGGGAGGAAGUCCACUGGGGAGGAAACCUCGUUUCCCCCUAGGCCGCGUGAGUCUGGCCGGGUACCCAACAGGAAAGAACUCUUUGUUCUGAGCUGGGCCCGUUACUACCCACAAAAUUUCCUGGACAGGGGGCUUGGACCAGGCUGCCGAAGGGCCUGGAUCCGAGUCUUGGCCGUGGCACCCUCUGGCAAGGACUAGGCCUUUGUGAGAGGCGGCGGCCGCCUCGGCAUGGAGACCGGCGCAGCGCCCAUCCCCGCGGCGCUGCCUUACUUCGUGGCCUUCUCCCAGCUGCUGGGCCUGACCGUGGUGGCCGUGACUGGUGCUUGGCUCGGCCUGUACCGGGGUGGCGUUGCCUGGGAGAGCGCCCUGCAGUUCAAUGUGCACCCGCUGUGCAUGGUCAUCGGCCUGGUCUUCCUGCAGGGGGACGCCUUGCUGGUUUACCGCGUGUUCAGGAACGAGGCCAAACGCACAACCAAGGUGCUGCACGGCUUGCUGCACGUCUUCGCCCUCGUCAUCGCGCUGGUCGGCUUGGUGGCGGUGUUCGACUACCACAAGAAGAAGGGCUAUGCUGACCUGUACAGCCUGCACAGCUGGUGUGGGAUCCUCGUCUUUGUCCUUUACUUUGUGCAGUGGAUUGUGGGCUUCAGCUUCUUCCUGUUCCCCGGAGCUUCGUUCUCUCUGCGGAGUCGCUACCGCCCCCAGCACGUCUUCUUUGGCGCCACCAUCUUCGUCCUUUCCGUGGGCACCGCCCUGCUGGGCCUGAAGGAGGCGCUGCUGUUUAAGCUCGGGGCCGACUACAGCAAGUUCGAGCCCGAGGGCGUCCUGGCCAACACGCUGGGCUUGCUGCUGGUCUGCUUCGGCGUGGUCGUGCUCUACAUCCUGACUCCGCCCGAGUGGAAGCGCCCUUCCCAGGCUGAAGAGCAGGCUCUCUCCAUGGACUUCAAGACGCUGACGGAGGGGGACAGCCCCAGCUCCCAGUGACGGCCUGCUCCAGUCCCGUGGAGCGGUCUGGCGGUGGAGCCCCCUCGGUUCUGGGGGGGCUCUGAAGGUGUCUGUUUGCCCACCCCCUGCUGAGGCUGGGCGUCCUCAUCCCCAGGAUUGGUGGCUCCCGGGGAGGGGCUCAGGCAGGGUGGGUGGGGAGUGUGGGUGCAGCUGCGUCUGUUUUAGUGAUUUCCCGGUAGGGCUUGUCCUCUGCUUUCCCUUUGUCGCUGCUGCUGUGGACAGUCCAGCUGGUCGUGUAUAGGCCCCUUGUCCCUAUUGCCCCUCCCUUGCAGAAGGCUUCGGGGAGGGUCUGGGUGUCAGUCCUGAUCACAGAAGCACAGACCCCAACGGAGGAGUUGGAGAUGGCUUUGCGCUGCGGCACACUGUAGCCAAGGGGGUUUACCCGAGGCGCGAUCAUUGCUAAUCGAAAACUUCCCCGUGCCCCGCCAUGGCGACUUGCAGUAGAGUUGGCACUGGCAAAUUUUGACAGUCCCUAUGGGGACCGAGUAAAAGAAAAAAAAAAGAGAAGACUAAAAUAUUUGUUAAAUAUUAAACAAAAGAAGAAAAAUAAAGGAGUUGGAGAGUGGCCGCACCCUCAGGCAGCAGAGGCCUGAGGCCAGGCCAGGGACACUGAGCGAAGGCUGCUGCUCUGUGUGCUGCUGAAUUCAAGCGGGGAGUCCUAGCUGAGUGACACGUGGUGCAGAUGACCCGGUCCUUGGCAGCUGAGCAAGUGAUACUAUGCGUAAAGUAUGUUGAUUCAGAGCAGGGGUCCCCAGGAGAGGGGAGGGACGGCCCAGAGCACUGGAGAUGUGGCUUUGGCCCUGCUGCAGCCUUUAACCCUCUCGCCCCAGGACAGCCCUGCUGGGGGAGGGGACAGAGGCCGGUGACUCAGAGGCACUUCCUCUUGGCAGAUGAGGGCAGCCUCAAUAGGAGGGUGCUCUGGACCGUGGGGUGUCUUGCAUCUCCCUCCUGCAGGGCCUGCCGCCCCACUUCCCAGCCUGGUGUCCUCUCCAAGCUGCCUCGGCACUGCUCAGGCUGGGAGGUGGAGGCACGACCCUUUUUAUUAUUUUUUAAAUGAGAAGCUGCCACUGCUGCCUCCUUUUGAUAGAGCCACAAGGGGCUGCUUGCGGCUGAGCCCCUCCAGCUGGAGCUGUCUGCUUCUGUUCGGGAGCACAAGUCUCCUCUCUUACCUGGGGCCCCUCUGUGCAGGGAGCCAGGACUGAGUCAGAAUCAGAACCGUCCCCUGUGGUGUCUGGACAUCACUCCAACUCCAUCAAGUGUGUUGUUAGCUGAGUCACUGUUUGACUUCAGUUUAGAAAUAAUGUGAUUAGAGCAUUGAUCUCGUGCUUCUUAGAUGUGGCAAAUGCUUUCUCCUUGUUUCCUGAGCUUUGAAGAGCAGGACACAGUUUGAGAAAGACACAGUUUACUUAAGUAAAGAAAUUAAGAAAAUUUCCAAACCUGAGUACCAUUCUUUUAGUGGUUGCCUUUGUCAUACCUAAAUGCUGCCUUAGAGAAACGGGCUAGUCUCCUUUAAUGCUCGGGUUCCUAAUAAUUGGCUUUUGCCAUGGAUCCUAUCUUAGCAACGAUGGCAAUGUCACUUCUGGGAGCAGGUGGCUGUGGUCCUGUCCCUUCCCCAGCAGGGCCUGCCCAGGCACUUCCCAACCCUCCCCACCUCCUCCCAGCUUGCCCAGAUGAUGGUGUUCACCUCCCAUUUAGAUUGUACGCUCUUUGAGGGCAGGGGCGCUAUCGACUCUUUAAUCACCUGGCGCAUACGUGUAUAGUGAAAUGUUUACAUGUGGGAAAACUCCACCUUAGACAAGCUACCAAAGUACAGUUAUGUAUCUCUCUUGCCACAGUGCUACAUAGAGAAAUGGAACCUUAGAUUUGCAAUAGAGGUUGUAAACUGGUCUGUUUGCCAAAGUGUAUUGCUAAGAAGCCAAAGAAGGCCCCCCAAAGCAGAUCUGUAAUGGUUUAUUUUAUUUUGCUUGUGGCCAAUCUUCUGUGAAGUGCAAUGUACUGUUGGUGCAACAGAUGAUUCAAUAAAUAUCUAUAGCAGACCUCG